CUAGUGUUGAAAAAUACACUUCUCUCCCUAUUAUCUAUUUUGUCCAUGGGAAUGCCGUCAAGGUUUCGUUUCCACUUCUCUACAUCUGAAGUUGUGUCAAACCAUACGUAACUCCGCAAUGGACUAUGACGAUGUUCAUCCGCAAGCGCGGCCUAUGCAUGCAAUCGACAAAUAUGGCCCCAAAUUCGUCAGUAAGGCCGAGAAGUUUCAGGAUCUGGCCGUCGGUAAUUCAGACGAAGAGAAUUCCGCCGGUGGUUUCGACAAUACUCCGAUACCUCAUGCGCCUCCCGGCUACACCCUUAAAUUCACCUUCCAUCGCGCUGUCAACCUUCCCUUCGCUGAUUUCAACACCCUCUCCUCUGAUCCGUACCUAGUGGCACAACUGAAUGUCGAUCUACCUAAGCGGCACAAGCAAGAUCCAAACUUGACUUAUCGUACCCCGACGGUGCAGAAGGACACCAAUCCAGUGUGGAAUAAGGAAUGGAUUGUUGCCAACGUUCCCGCGUCUGGCUUCGAGCUUAAGUGCCGUCUUUACGACGAAGAUCCCGCUGAUCAUGACGAUAGGCUGGGUGUCGCCACGGUUGAGGUGAAUUCGAUACAGCCUGACUGGCCCGGAAUCAAGGAGCAACCAUUCAAGGUUAAGAAACGGAAGGCUAGCAAGCGCGUGUACUUCUUCAGGGAAAUUGCCGCGCUCACUUCCCCCCAUAGUGACAGGGAAGCCCGUGUAAUUGUCAGUGUCGAAUGUCUAGGACAAACUCAAGGCGAUGAUGGUGGACACAUGUACACUGUCGGACCAAAUUACUGGUUUAAGCAUUUUUCUCCCCUCAUUGGAAUAAUUGCGGGCACAAAGGAUGAGGUUCAUGGCGAAGAUGAUAAGAAAGCUGUCACACAUUAUAAUUUCCAAGCUAUCCAGGUGCAACUUAGGGGCCCAGUUCCACCUCAACUUUAUCACCGUUUUGUUGAGGCCAGGUCUUUCGUGGCAGGAAUAUUUAAGGCGCGCACCCUAAGCGGCCGCAUACUCAAACAUGCUCUGCACCACCAACAUGAACGCAUCUACAAUUUUGAUAAAACCACUCUCUAUGGUGAAUUUCCAUCUCCAUGUGUUGAGCUCACACAGAAAUUUCUCGAGUUUGUUCAUUAUAGCCAGGGUGGCCGUAUAUUCACAUAUGUCUUAACCCUUGACGGUCAACUACGUUUCACAGAGACAGGGAGGGAGUUUCAAAUCGACUUGCUCAGUAAGCACACAAUGCAUAGUAAUGUGUCUAGCUACAUUGCGUAUUCUGGAGAGUUCUUUGUCUGCCGACGCCAGCGACAUAGACGCCAGAAUUCCGUGGGUGAGGAAAGCCUCGCAGAGGUAUCCAAUGACCCUGCUGACUACGAGCUUUUCAUUGACAACGCAAGUGGCACUUACCGUCCAAACGGAGAGUGUCUGCCUUUGCUGAGAGAAUUCCUUUCGGAGAACUUCCCCGGCCUUCGCGUGACCACGUUGGAUUGCCAGAAGGAUGAAGAGCGGAUGAACUCACUAAAGGAGGAACAAAUAAAUCGCAAGAACCGUCAAGGACACCCGAUUACCUUGCUGCAGCAGAGCAGCAGUUCUUCGCUUUCCCUCUCCAGUUUUGACGAAGAAUCGGAUCGACGGAGUAGCGUGUCAUCCAAGGAGCAGCGGAAGCAUGCGACCAGCACUAUACAAGCAUAAUUUGGAGACGGGAAACUUGGAUUCCACAGCUAUCCCCGAGGCUAUUGCCUGCAUCCAUAGCAUUCAGCAGUUUCUUCCUCUGGAUGAUUGUCCUUCGAUAACGAUGACCUGACGAGAUAUUUCCGAGUAUACAUUGACUAUCUCAUGUAUUUGUUUCAUUCAACGUCGCGUUGUUGGGCCCUGUAUUUAUUAUGCGUAUAAUUAUCCAUAAGGUGUUAACAUGACUGCGACCAUCAUAGUGUAUGCUGAUGGGUUGUCCUGCCUCCUUCCUGCAGGGCAGACGUACGUAGUACGGAUAGACGGAAGCAAAGGAAUACAAGAAAAAAAUAAGAAUAGGCCUGCGGGGCAUCGAGGGGUAGAAAAUAACAACAACAACAACAACAACAAUAAUAAUAAUAAUAAUAGUAGUAAUAGUAAUAUAAUACAAGCC